CAGGGAGCAGCUGUGAAGGAAACUGGGGGAGGGAGAUGAACAUAACAUCCCAUCUUUGUGUUUCAUACAGAGCGAAGCUUUUAGGCCAGCCUUCCUGAACUGGAGGGGGUGUGGCAUUCAUUAAAAUUAAACAUCAAUGACCUGAGAAGCUUAUAAAAUAGCUUGGGAGAAGCCAGUCACCAAGAGAAGGCAUCUCAAAUUGGAUGAUUUUGCAUGUGGAAACUGCUUUCAUCUUGAAGAAAAAGGGAGAAAGGCAAAGCGCUGGAAAUAGCUCCUGUGCAGCUACAGGCAAGGAGUCACAAGGAAGAGAACAGACUGAGAGCAAGUCCACCUCCAGCCACCCAGCUCCAAGAUGGUACCAGCGCUGCUGCUGCUGCUUCCUGCCCUGGCUGGACUCUUCGGAGCAGCUGAGGGACAAGCUUUCCAUCUCGGGAAAUGCCCAAAUCCUCCAGUGCAGGAGAACUUUGACGUGAAUAAGUAUCUUGGAAGAUGGUAUGAAAUUGAGAAGAUCCCAGCGAGCUUUGGGAAGGGAAGUUGCAUCCAAGCCAACUACUCACUAAUGGAAAACGGAAACAUCAAAGUGGUAAACAAGGAGCUGAGAGCUGAUGGAACUGUGAAUCAAAUUGAAGGUGAAGCCACCCAAGAGAACAUCACAGAGCCCGCCAAGUUGGGAGUUCAGUUUUUCUGGUUCAUGCCAUCAGCUCCAUACUGGGUCCUGGCCACCGACUAUGAGAACUACGCCCUCGUGUACUCCUGUACCACAAUCAUCUGGCUUUUUCACAUGGAUUAUGUUUGGCUCUUGGGAAGAAACCCUUAUCUCCCUCCAGAAACAGUGACCUAUCUCAAAGAUAUCCUGACCUCUAAUAACAUUGACAUUGAGAAAAUAACUGUCACAGAUCAGGUGAACUGCCCCGAAUUCCUAUAACCAGGCUCUAAAGGGAGGCUGCAUUUGCUCCAUGUUCCUUCUUUUGCUUUGCUUUUCCCCUACACCACCCCUCAUAAAGACAAACCAAACCACCACAGCAAACUAUUACAAAUACCAGAAGGGAAAUGUGACAGCAGAAGCUAGUGGAGAGGAACUCAAGGCAAGUUGGCCCAAACACUUAGCCAUGCACCAUCCUGUUACCUUGCAAGCCUGAUAAUAAACUUGCUGCUGACCUGCUGUGCUCACAGUAGACUACAAAUUGGACUAAUUAUUGGGAGUUUUAAAUUCUAAGCUUAUGUUUGGAAAUCCUUAAGCAGUUAUGUUGAAAAAAAAAAAGAAGCACUGAACAGUUGAAAGGUAAAAAUCUUGUUUCUAGAAAGGGAAAGCUGAUGGCAAAGGCACAUACCAGGUGACCUGAAUCCAGGUGGCCCCAUCCUGCAGUAGGCAGUCCAUAGUGGGGAAAUCAUUUGGAGUUUUUGAGUCUCUGACAGACAGUUUCCUGGAGGCAUUUACUUUCUUAUCAGGAGGUCUUCAGAGUCAGGUGAAGAAUGGGACCAUCUUGGGUCUGUGCAAGGAAGAAGAGAAUCUAUGAGGGUGAAGCUAUGGGAAUUUUUUUAAGAAAAUAAUUUUUGGGUCUUUUAUUCAACUGAUAUUUACUGGGACCCAACUGCAUUCCAGGCAUUGAAAAAUACAGAAUCCCUCUCCUCCCACAGCAGCUCACAGACUAGGGAGGGAGACUGACAAGUAAAGAUACAAUUUGAAUCCAAGCUGAGGGGUCCAUAGGCAGAGGCAUGUGGAGGGAGCCAUGGGAGCUCCGAGAAGGUCUCAACCCCUGCCAGGCAUAGGUACCCACAAGGUUGUACAGUCACAUCCCAGAGUGUCCCAGCUUCAAGGAGUCAGGAACCACCUGGAGUUUGUUGUUGUUGUUGUUGUUCUUUACAUUUUACUAUUAAAAUCAGAACAAUCUCAAAAUCAUCACCCUGCGAUUACUCUUAGGUCACAUAAUAUUUGUAAUCCACUAAUGUUUUGGGAAAUGAAUAGAAAAUUAAGCCAUUUGAUUAGCUUUUUGCAUUUUCAGCAUGAAUAUAAAAUAUUUCCUUGAGCACUUGAGACGCUUCACUGCUUUAUAUUAAAGGUUAUAAAAAUUCUAAGAAACUUAAUAUGUAUCAUUUUCAUUUUACUAAAUAAAUAUGACCUCAAAAUGUAA